CACUUUCUUGUUAACAUCGCGAACAAGGCAUCUUUGCAUUGCAGGUCAUCUUCAGCUGCCGAAAAACUCGUCAUCCGCUGCAACUUGUCCCGGUUGUGAGUUGCCUACGAUAUGCAGAUCUGAAAAUUACUUGCCGGCUCCUUAAUUACAGCUCAGUGGCAACAACCGGAGCAGAGGAGCGAAUCAUCCCUCUCUUCGCCGUUACCGGCAGUGAUCGAGUGGUGGCCGGCGAUGUCGGCGUGUGAGAGAAGGAAGACGGCGUGCGUCACCGGAGGGAGCGGAUACAUCGCCUCAGCGCUCAUCAAGCUGCUCCUCCAGAAAGGCUACGCUGUCAAGACCACCGUCAGAGACCCCGAUGACAUGGAGAAAAACUCCCACCUCAAGGACUUGCAAGCGCUUGGCCCCCUGGAGAUCAUUCGUGCCCAACUGGAGGUGGAAGGCAGCUUCGACGAAGCAGUUUCUGGCUGCGAAUACGCCUUCCUCGUUGCUGCUCCAAUGACCUUCAGGUCAGAAGAUCCUGAGAGAGAUCUGAUCGAACCCGCCGUCCAAGGAACACUCAACGUGAUGAGAUCGUGUGUGAGAGCGGGGACGGUGAAGCGGGUGAUCCUGACGUCGUCGGACGCCGGCGUGUCCAGGAGGCCGCUCCAGGGCGGCGGCCACGUGCUGGACGAGGGCUCCUGGUCCGACGUCGAGUACCUCAGAGCCAACAAGCCACCAACUUGGGCGUACGCCGUCUCCAAGGUGCUUCUGGAGAAGGCGGCGAGUGAAUUCGCAGAGGAGAACGGCGUCAGCCUUGUCACCAUGUUGCCGGUGUUCACUGUGGGCACGGCGCCAGUAUCCAAGGCCAGAACUAGCGUCCCCGUCAUCCUCUCCUUGUUGUCCGGUGAUGAGGCAAAGCUGGGUAGCCUGAUGGUCCUGCAGUCAGUCAAGGACUGCGUUGGGAUUAGCCACGUCGACGACCUCUGUCGCGCCGAGGUGUUCGUCGCCGAGAAUGAGUCCUCGUCGGGUAGGUACAUCUGCUGCAAUCACAAUACCACUGUUUUGCAGCUUGCCGGUCUCCUGGCAGAGAAGUACCCACAAUACGACGUGAAACCUGAACGCUUUGAUGGAUCCUGCGAGAAGCCAAGAGUGUGUGUGUCAUCGAAGAAACUCAUCGGGGAAGGGUUCGUGUACAAGUAUGAUGACCUGGGUGAAAUCUUCGACGACCUAGUCGAGUACGGCAGAACCACAGGGAUUUUGCCCCACUGAUGUUUCCACCAGCUAACGAUUUGAAUGUGUUUGGAACAAAAAAAAUGUCAUCUCAAAUAAGUAAUGUAUCACACCGGGUUUAUUUA